GUGCCGUCAGUCUUCUGCUGGUGCCGGCGGAGGGGGGUGCGUGUGCCGGGGGUGGACGGCGCGCCGCGUGCUGCCAUGGAGGAGGAGCUGCGCUGCCCCGUCUGCCAGCAGAUCUACAGCAAUCCGGUGCUGCUGCCAUGCGGUCACGCCAUGUGUCUGAACUGUGCGCUGCAGCGCCAGUGUCCGCCGUCCGCGGUCACCGCGCGGCCCGACCCGGACGAGUCGGACACCUCGGGCUCAGACGUGGACAAACUAUCCGUGGCCAGUGAGACGGACAGUGGUGUGGUGUGCGGAAGCGGCGGCAGCCGGCCCGCCUCCUACCUGGGAUCGCCCGAACCGGCCGCGCUCGCCCUGCUCUGUCGCAAGUGCGGCAAACACGUCUACUUUGACGAGCACGGCGCGUACAACCUGCCGCGCUACCGCACCCUGCAGAAAGUCGUGGACCGGUACGUCGAGGCUAAGGACGUAGUGCUCAAGUGUCAGUUGUGCGAGUCGAGCCCGCGCGACGCGGCCGUUCUCUGUGAGCAGUGCGAGGUGCUCUACUGCGAGCCGUGCCGGGAGCGAUGUCACCCCAGCCGCGGUCCCCUGGCGCAGCACCGUCUAACCGAGCCGCGGGCGGGCCGCGGCGGCGCUCCGUCGGCCAGCGCGCGCCACCCGGUGCCCUGCAGCUGCUCCGACCACCCCGGCCAGCCGCUGGUCAACUACUGCGUCGACUGUAAGCUGGCCGUGUGUAACAGCUGCGUGCAGGACGGCAAGCACCGCGGCCACGAGCUCCAAUCCCUGGCCGUCAUCGCCAAGGCACACAAGACGGACCUGUCGUUUCACCUGCAGCAGCUGACAGAGCGAGCCAAGUCGGCCGCCGACUACAUCCACCAGCUGAAGGGGCUCGCCGACGUGGUCACGGACAACUGCGCCGAGUUCGAGGCCACGGUAUCUGAGCGGUGUGACGAGCUGAUGGAGUUGAUCCAGCAGAGGCGCCAUCAGCUGAUCCAGUACCUGCACAGCACGCGAGACGACAAGAUCAGGAGCGUCAAACAGCAGGUGUCACAGGCGACCGUUCGGCUUCAGCAGACGAACGGUCUUCUAAUGUUCUGUAUAGAGGCGCUGAAGGAGCGUGACGAUAGCGCAUUCCUGCAGAUCAGCCAGAUGCUGACCCACCGAGUGGCCUCGUAUGACCUGAUGUGGGGUCGCGACAUCACCGACCAGCCAAUCAACCCCGACCUGGACCUCAGUCUGGAGACGGACACCGUCCGCGCCGCCAUCCAGCAGUUCAACUUCAUCCAGAUGAAACCGCCGGGUCCGCCGACGCUCCUAGCUGAGGAGUGUACCGCGGAAAACAACCGCCUGCGACUCCGGUGGCGGCCCCACCCCACCUCCCACCACGACGGCUUCAUCGUGCAGCUCAACGACGGCGUGGGGUUUCAGGAUGCCUACUGCGGGCGAGAGGCGCACUGUCUCAUCACCGGACUUCACUUCAACACACGCUACAAGUGCCGCGUGAAAGGCUACAACAGCACUGGUGACGGCCCGCCCAGCGACGCCGUCAGUUUGAGAACCACCGACG